CCUCAUGUCUUCCCUUCCUCCUCCUCCUCCUCCUCUUUACCGCUGCCGUUCUCGAGACUUACUGUAACAAGUUCGGCUCAGGGCUCCGCAAACUGCGUAUUCAUUGUGCCGUUAUCCAUCGCCGUCGGCUCUUGCAUCGCUUCCAGAUGGCUCCCAUCUUCAGCUUGCUUCUUGCGGCAGCCGCGGUCCCGCUUGCGGCCAGCCUCAGCUUCGCGUCGGAUGCGUCCGAACUUUCCGUGGUGGCCAAGAAGACCAUGGUGGCCACGGUGCUGAAGCACACCCAGGCAGCACCAGUGGAUAUGAUGCUGAGCCACCAGAUUCGGAUGCUCAGCACGUCGCGCAAGAGCGUGGCGCAGGUGGCGGUCAUCAACGCCAAGGUCCCUGGAGUGGACAAUCCCUUGGGCACGGCCCAGGACCCUGUGGUCGCACAGAUGAAGCGUAGCUACGGCACUACAGGCGCCGUGCAGGUUGUCGACCUCGAGUCCAACGAGACCCAGCAGCAGGAGCUGAUGAAGAAGGUCUUCUCCAUCCGCCAGGGCAGCACCGUCAACUUCGCAAAGAAGUUCUUCAGGCAGAACCUGACGACUCCGAGCAUGAAGCGCGAGAUGGCCUACUUCACCGCGAUGAUGCAGUUCAUGGACCUCUGCAGCCAGGCCGAGUACGGCGUGGAGAUCUGCGCCAACAUGGAUGGGGAGUCCUUCCUGCACAGGCAGGACAAGAAGGGCUUGAUCGAGCUGGCCAGCGAGCUGUUCGACGGAGACGACGAGGUGAUCGCGCUGCAGCCUCCGUCCUACUGCGACUAUACGCAGGCUCACCACAAGCCCGCUUGGGCGAAGAAGGACGCGUGGACCAACAGCAGCUUCACGAAGUGCGUCGCCAACGCGACCAAGGCCAAGCCCGAGGCGGGGCCUGCGAACAUGCUCUUCAACCGCGUGCGCCUGCUGGCUGCGCUGCCGCUGAGCGUGAACCCAGAUGACCUGAGCCUCGAGAAGGGCUUCGACCACGCGCUGAUGGCGGGCCUGUCCCGCUGGGUCGGACCGGUCAAGGGCAUGCAGUGUGGGCACUCUUUCGUUAUCAGGCCGGCUGGCGAGGAGGCCAAGUGCAAGGGCAAGAAACUGCCGCUGAAGGCCCAGGCGCUCGCUGCCGGCAAGCAGGCGGGCUCCGAUGACAGCCGCCUCUCCGGAGAGUACGUGUCGUUCAACCAGAGGAUGGUCCAGGGUAUCGAGGUGCUGGCGGACCGUAUGGAGAGGGGGAUGAUCCCUGGCCCGACUGGCUCGGUAGGAGACAAGUGCAUGGAGAUGUGCCCAUCCAGCGAGCGCAUCAAGCAGGGCAUGGCGUGGAGAGCCGCCUGGCACGCGCCGCCGUUGCACUUGAGGUGCUCACGCUUUUUGUCGAUAACUCUCAGCGGGCCAGUGCUGCAUUUCGCCGGACGCUGGUGAGAAGCUGCGAGGCUGUGUCCGCCAGUGGCCACCCACCAUGAGGGGGAGCAGAGAGGUGGGAGUGGAGGUUACACUUGUGACACCUCCACUCAUGACGGCCUGGGAGGUGGAACAACUCGUGCUGGCUCUGCACGAUCUUAUCCGAGGCUUGCGCACGGCGGGGCGCCACAGAGGAAGGGGCAUAAUGGUCCGACGCAAGCGACGCGAUCGACUGGGCGAAACGACUCAGGAAAUCGAGGUCACGCUUGAUAUCGGCCAGAUGCGUCUUCUGCGCAUCGCUGUAGAUAUCGGCAUUUGCGUGACUAUCAGCACCGGUCCGAGC